AUGGCGUUUCAGGAUUUUGGGCAUUUAUCAGAACGCCGAAAGGCUGAAAGGCAACAAAAGUUGAAGAAGAGAAUUGUCAUUGCGGCAAUCACAAUCUUUGUCCUGCUUGCACUAAUUGGUGCCGGAAUAUUUGCUUACACACAAUAUGUAUCCCACCACCAUAAUGCUACCGAAGCCUCCACCAAUAGUAAUAAUCAGCAGAAGACACAGCCGGCCGCUGCAUCUGCAGGUGGUAUAAAGGACGUAUCACACUCCAUAAAGGCUAUUAAGAUGAUAUGUUCCUACACAGAUUACAAGGCUGCAUGCGAGGAAAGCCUCUCAAAGGCUGCCGCCAAAUCCAACCAUACUCAACCCAAAGAUCUUCUCAAGGCUGCAAUCUCCGUCGCCGCCAACGAGGUUGAAAAGGCCUUGAACCAAUCCUCCACCUUCAAAAUUGACAACCCUGAAGAAAAGGCCGCUUUUGAAGAUUGCAAGGUUCUCCUGCAGGAUGCCAAAGAAGAACUUGGGGACUCCGUUUCCCACGUCGAUACCCCUCGUGACUCAUCAUCAGCUGGGGGGAGUUCCAAGUUCUCAUCGGGCGACUUGAACAAUUGGCUCAGCGCCGUCAUGUCUUACCAACAAUCAUGCGUUGAUGGCAUCCCCGAAGGAAAACUCAAAUCCCAAAUGAGGACUGCCUUGAAGUCUACCAAGGAAUUUACUAGCAAUGCCUUGGCAAUUGUCUCGGAAGUGUCAUCCAUCCUUUCAACGUUUCAGAUACCCGGGAUCAACCGUCGCCUUUUAACGGCCGCCAAUGAAUAUUCCAAUCACACGUCUGUGCAGGACGAGGAAAACCAACUUCCAACCUGGAUUACUCAUGAGGACCGAAGAAUGUUGGGUGAACUUGAAGUUAAGUUGAUUCCCAAUGUGAUUGUGGCGAAGGAUGGAAGUGGAAAUUUUACUAGAAUUUCCGAUGCAUUGGCAGCCAUGCCACCAAAGUAUGAAGGAAGGUACAUCAUUUAUGUUAAAGAAGGAACUUAUGAAGAGACGGUGACAAUCGAGAAGAAGAUGGUCAAUGUUACCAUGUACGGAGAUGGAUCGCAAAAGACUAUCGUUACCGGGAGCAAGAACUUCGUGGAUGGAGUUAGGACCUUCCACACUGCAACUUUCGUGGCCAUAGGAGAAGGUUUUAUGGCCAAAGCCAUGGGAUUCAGGAACACAGCGGGUCCAGAGAAACACCAAGCAGUCGCGAUCAGAGUGCAAUCAGACAGGUCAGUAUUCUUCAACUGUCGAAUGGAGGGGUACCAAGACACGGUGUACGCCCAAACCCACCGGCAGUUGUACAGAAGCUGCGUCAUCGCGGGCACUGUGGACUUCAUAUUCGGGGACGCCUCCGCCAUCUUCCAGAAUUGCAUGAUAGUGGUGAGGAAGCCCCUGGACAACCAGCAGAACAUUGUCACCGCCCAGGGACGCACCGACAAGCGGGAGACCACGGGGAUAGUGCUCCAAAAUUGCCGCAUCCUGGCGGACAAGAAACUGGAGCCCCAGAGGCUGCAGGUCAAGACUUAUCUGGGAAGGCCUUGGAAGGAGUACUCCAGAACCAUUGUGAUGGAAUCCACGCUUGGGGAUUUGAUCCAACCCCAAGGCUGGCUGCCCUGGGAAGGGGAGUUUGCGCUCAAGACUCUGUACUACGCAGAGUACAACAACAAAGGCCCCGGUGCUGCUGUGGAUGGUAGAGUGAAGUGGCCUGGGUACAAGGGCGUCAUCGGCAGGCAGGAGGCCAACCAGUACACGGUUGGGCCUUUCUUGCAGGGGGAUCAGUGGGUGAAGGCCACCGGCGCUCCUGUUCAUUUGGGUCUCUACACUACUUAA